GUGACAGCGCAGCGUGAGAUUGCAAUACAAGGAACUCCGGUCCCACGAGAGGUAUUUAAUGUGGUGAGGUGAGGGUGGUGUGGAGUGGGGAGUUUGGCAUUUGUGUGACAAGCGUGGUGCUCUGAACUUCCAGCUCAGAGACGGGUGCAGGGAAUACCUCUGGACCAGAAGUACAGUGUAUGCCUGGGUUAGGGGAGAACUUAGGCGAUUCAAGACAGAAGGAAUAGCAGAGACCCAAAGACCUCAUCAUGGCGGCUCUCCAACGUGUUGGACUUUUCUGUAUGGCCACAUAUUACGGCUUUCACGUCACUUUCAGACUCAUUAAGUUAAUGUUUACCAUCGGGCCAAAGGCUGUUUUAGGUAAGAAAGAACACCCCAAACCAAAAGUCCUGAGUGAUCCUGCGCUGGGCAGUCAUGGUAUUCUCCACCUGGAUGAAGUCCGCAUUCACUGUGUGAGUAGCGGGCCCGAAGACAAACCUCUCAUGUUGUUCCUGCACGGGUUCCCUGAGUUCUGGUACUCCUGGAGACAUCAGAUUCGGGAGUUCCAGAAAGAUUACCGCGUAGUGGCUAUCGACCAGCGAGGCUACGGCGAUUCCGAUAAACCGUCCGGUAUCGAUUCCUACGUGAUAUCCAAGCUGACGUCAGACGUGAGUCAGGUGAUUGCGUCACUGGGCUACAAGAGCUGUGUUCUCGUGGCACACGACUGGGGCGGGGCCGUUGCUUGGGCCUUCGCGCGCCGGUUCCCGGACAUGGUGGACAAACUUAUCGUCAUGAACAGCCCGCCCUCCCCAGUUAUGCAAAAACUUUUCCAAGAAUCCAAAGAGCAGCGUAAAAUGUCGUGGUACAUGUUCCUCUUCCAGCUUCCUUGGCUCCCCGAACUCUUCAUCCGGUCCUGCGACUACGCCUUCCUGGACCGCGUGUUCGGCAAUCCGGUCCCCGCGCCCACCGACAUGAUCAGCCCGCCGUUCCCCACAGAAGUGAGCAAGUCUGACGUGGAGGCCUACAAGCACGUCUUCUCGCAGCCGGGCACGACAAACGCCACCAUCAACUGGUACCGCGCCGCACUCCAGAGGGGGAGGUAUUCCUACACCAUGGACUACACAAUGCCUGUGUUGCUCAUCUGGGGACUCAAAGACAUCGCCCUCAGCCACACCGUGCCAGACAUAGCUCAGGCCAUGAACCCAAAGAUAGCGGUCAAGCGGGUACCAGAGGCGGGUCACUUCGUGCAGAUGGAGGCUCCGGAAGUGGUCAACUCCACAAUGAGAGACUGGUUGAGCAAGCAGGAAUAGGAAUACUGUGAGGGCCGGUGUGUGUGGUUCUUAGGUUGUUUGAUUUUUCUGUUAGUGUUUUGGCGUCUAUGAAAUGGCAACUUGCUCUGUAUUAUAAUGUUUCCCAGAAAGAUGAGAUUGUUUCAGAAUGCUGCCAUGUCUGCUGGGUUAUUAAUGUGGAUUGUAAAGCGGUUAAAGUUUCCUUUUGUGCAGGAAUUUACGCUGUACACGCUUUCUAUUAUUAGUAUUUGAUUGUUUGCUUUUAUGGAAUUUUCGAAAAAAAUAAAAGAAUAAGACAUUU